AACUGCAGCAAUGGAAAUUCCCGCGCUAUCUGCGCCGACUAACUCCGUGCAUGGUCCGGUGAAAUCUACUCGGAAACUUCCUUCUGACGCUCUAAACCUCUACUCGCCGCUACAUUUCCUUCGCAGAGGCGGAACCGAGCGUUUCAACUCAUACGCUUUGACACAGAGAGAGAAGAGAGUCUCAGUCUCUGCUGAUCAUACACCGAAUAGGACUCAACCUCUGUCCAACUCCGAUAAUCAGAGCGACAAGGGUUGGGUUCACUUCGUAGGCAUUGGAGGCUGUGGUUUGUCCGCUCUCGCCAUGCUUGCGCUCAAACAAGGCAUGGAGGUCAGCGGCUCUGAUAUUUUAUGGAACAGCUUCGUGGAUGGAUUGCAAGAAGCUGGUGCUCGCUUGUAUUUAGGGCACUCGAAAUCCAAUAUCCAUAGGAACGAUAGAUUAGGUUUGCCGAAUGCGAUUGUUGUCUCCAGCGCCAUUCCACCAGCGAAUGUGGAGAUUUUGUACGCUAAAUCUAUUGGAGUACCUGUGUACAAGAGAGAUUACUGGUUGGGAAAGAUAACGGAGCAUCACGAUCUUAUUGCUGUUAGUGGUACCCAUGGCAAGAGUACAACUGCUAGUAUGCUGGCAUAUGUUUUGAGUGCAAUGGGAGAUGAUCUAACUGCUAUAGUUGGAGCACAUGUUCCUCAGUUUCAAGGAGGAAAUAUGAUUGCUGGCUGUGGGGAGAAUUUUGUCUUGGAGGCUGACGAAUAUGAUGGAUGUUUUCUGGGAUUAUCGCCUUACAUUGUGGUGAUAACAAAUAUGGAAUGGGAGCAUGUUGACAUUUUCCAGGAUGAGGAAGCAGUAAUAAAUACAUUCAGGAGGUUUUUGAAGAAGAUCAGGUUGGGUGGACAUCUCAUUUUAUGUGGGGAUAGUGAAGGUGCAUAUUCCUUGUUGUGUAACACAAGGCAGGGAUGUUUAUCAGACCAGGCUCUGUGGAUGCAAAGCACACAGCUAACCCGUGGUGGCUACAGACUAUCUACUUAUGGAAUUUCAGAUUUUAAUGAAUGGCAUGCGUCUUCAAUUCGUCCAAAUUUACAAGGGGGUAGCGAUUAUGUACUUUAUCACAGGGGGUGUCCAGUGGAAUACAUCAGCCUACAACUACCUGGAGUUCAUAAUGUACUCAAUUCAUUAGCCGUUAUAGCUACAAUAAAAGCACUGGUUAGUGAUCAAAAGCUAACUAAAGAUACACUAAACUGUCUGGGAUUGCACUUGAACAACUUCUUGGGUAUUUCAAGACGAUUUCAGAUGAUUGGUAAGAUAAAUGGGUGCCGAAUCUAUGAUGACUAUGCACACCAUCCCACUGAAGUUCAUGCAGUUCUUCAAGCGGCCCGCCAAAAGUUCCCGUCUAUGGCUUUAUGGGUGAUAUUUCAGCCACAUACUUUCAGCCGUCUAGCAGCAUUCAUGAAGGAUUUUGCAUCUGCCUUCAGUGAUGCAGAUCGAGUAGUGAUUACACAGAUAUAUGCUGCUAGAGAGACAAACACUUGGAAUGUUACUGGAAGAGAUCUAGCUAGUUCUAUUAUCAAACCAUCAGCCGAGUACAUCCCUUCUCUGUUAAUAGUAUGAUAUGGUCUAUGCACUUGCUAGGAGGAUGUGGUAGAAAAGCUGGCGCUUGAGAUAUUUAUCAAUCCCAAUCGAGAAGUCAUUGUGUUAACUCUCGGUGCAGGUUUUCUAGCUUCAUGAUGGUUGUAUAACCAGCUGCUGUUAUCUAUCAUCAAACAAGAGGAACUGAUAAGACUUGUGUGAUGUUUAUGUGAUCAGGUGACGUCACAACCAUAGGCCCAAGGCUACUCCAGGAAUUGCAAGAGAAAUCAGUGGAUACAUCUCAACCAAAUUCUUGAUUUUUGGCUGCAAAAUGAAUCACUCGUGGGAAUUAUGGUGCAAGGGAGCAGGAUGAUAUGGUGAAGCAGGUUCCCAUGGCUGUCAGCUGAGGUUGUUGAAGUUGGGUUUCAAAAGGACUGUUAUCUCUGUAAAUACGCACACUGCAGAAAAAAAACAUGGAUGCCACAUGUCCAGUGCAAAAAUUGCAGCAGCAAAAGACUACAAUAUUCGUGCAACCGAACAGUCUCGAUAUUUCUCUUCUGGGUCAUGGGCAGCAUUCUCAGCUGUUGCCUGAGCCAUGGUGCCCAAAUGCAGUUAAGGUUUGGCGGCUUGUCUGAUUAGGGCUUAGGGCACCCACAAUGACACUGAGGAUACGCAUCUCACUUAUUAUGUCUGUAAGGCUCAAUUUGGAUCAUGGGAGUUCAAGCAGCUGAGAAUUUGUCAUUUUUCAUUUAAUUUGUAGACAAGUUGGCCGAUUAGAUCCUUUUUUUUUUUUGCCCUCUUUGGGUGGAAUGAU